GAUGGCGCUAGAGAUAAAAGCAAAAUGGAUGUCGUGAGAGAAAAAGAGCAGCUGCUGUCAAUAAAAGUAAUGAGGCUAACAAAGCCUUCAUUUGUCUCAAACAUUCCUAUUCUAUGUGAGAGCAGAGAUCUACCUGGAAAUGUCUCAUCUGAGUGUAAGCCAGCAGACUUUUAUUCCAGUCGUGGAGCUGUGUCUGGUCUCCCUGGUUUCACCAUGGGAGAAAUUCUUACUCUUCCACAGAACUUUGGGAGCAUAUAUUUAGGUGAAACAUUCUCCUGCUUUGUGAGUGUGCAUAAUGACAGCCUACAAAACAGCCAGGAUAUCCAUGUGAAGACUGAUUUACAGACUAGCUCUCAGAGAUUGACCCUGUCUGGAGGGUCGACCCCACCCUCCCCUAACCUUGCCCCAGGGGCAUGCAUUGAUCAGGUCAUUCAUCAUGAGGUCAAAGAAUUAGGCACUCACAUAUUGGUGUGUGCUGUCAGUUACACCUCUCCAUCUGGCGAGACACUGAGUUUUAGGAAAUUCUACAAAUUCCAGGUUUUGAAGCCUCUUGAUGUGAAGACAAAGUUUUACAAUGCAGAGUACUCUCUCAGAAUGAGAGCCACGGGAGGAUAUCAGGAUCAUGUUUCGGAUGAGGUCUACCUGGAGGCACAGAUUCAGAACAUCACUCAAUCUCCUAUGUGUAUGGAGAAGGUCGCCCUAGAACCAACAGCAGAUUACAUGGUAGAAGAACUCAAUUCAACUCAGACAGAGGCUACUUCAAAGAAGCUAAUCUUUGGUGACUUUACCUACUUGAAUCCCAUGGACACCAGGCAGUAUCUCUACUGUCUCAAGGCCAAGACUCAGGCCGGAGCUGACCGCCCAUCCCUCAUCAAGGGUGUGUCCAGCAUCGGUAAGCUGGACAUCGUCUGGAAGACCACGUUGGGUGAGAAGGGACGUCUUCAGACCAGUCAACUACAGAGAAUGGCACCCGGUUAUGGAGACCUGAAGCUGAGCAUUGCUCAGAUACCAGAUAGCGUACCUCUAGAAAAACCAUUCCAGCUCACCUGUAGAGUCACAAGUUGCUGUGAGAGGACAAUGGAUCUAAAGCUCAUUCUGAACAACACCACAGGUGUGGUCUGGCUAGGUAUCUCUGGUAAACAGCUCGGUAAGCUGGGACCAAACACCAGUAUGGACAUCAAACUGCAACUCAUUCCAACCAUCCCAGGAUUACAGAGCAUAUCUGGCAUGAGACUAAUCGACUUGUAUCUGAAGAGGACCUACGAACAUGAUGACAUAGCACAGGUCUUCGUCUACACAGAGCAGGAUGGGCCCGUUAAGAAUAUCUGAUUAGUACUCACAACAGCGGACUGUAUUUAUUAUGUAAAGAUAGAAACCAUGUAUGACCCUUUUGUGAAAAAUGGCAGCCAUGUUGGGAUUAUAACUCCUUGUAUCUUCAUCACGCAGUCUUGUUAAAAUUUGUUCAGAAUCUUGGCAGAUGUUGGUUAAGUACACACCGGAGUCUUCACAUGCUUUCACACUGUCAUCACAU